CAAUAUGGUUUAAUAUUAACAAAUAGGAUGACUCCUCUUGUUCACAUGCAUAUUUGCGGUAUCAUAUAAUAUAAAACUAACCUUGUAGUAAGAAGUUAAAUUUAUUAACCAUAAAAAAGGUCUUGAAGUGGGAGAGUUACCAACCAACUCACGAGAAGGUAACAAAAGUCCAAUCCCACACUGUCGUUUUGCUUACAACAUGUCCCUACACCACAGAUUCUGUUCUUCUUUUCAGGAGAACUUCAAAACUUUUGUGGUUUUAAGUUCAUUUCACUCUUCUCUACCAAGUGAGGGGGUUUGAAUUUGAAACUGGAUCUGUUUUACUAUUUGAACUUGAGAUUUUUUUUUUUUUUUGUUAAAGAAGAGUGUCGACUGUGUCGUGUUAGGUGAGAAGUUGAGCUUUACAAGCUUUUACCAAUCUGGUUCUGGUUUUUGAAUAUAUAAAGAACAGUAUGACAAUUGAUCCCUUCAAUUACAACACGAAAUGCAGAACAAAUUUUGCAAGUAAGAAGAUGGAGGAAGGAGAAGAGAAGGGAAAUCUGAGAACUGUGGAGUGUCUAAGAGGGAGACUGCUUGCAGAGAGGCAAGUUUCAAGGUCUGUAAAAGAUGAAGCAGACCUCAUUACCAGAAAGAUGGAAGAGCUGGAGAAAAAUCUGAAAGAAGAGAUCAGAUUAAGGGAGAAAGCAGAGAAGAGACUAAAGUUUCUGAUGAAAAAGCUUGAAUCCAUAAAAGGGUCUCGCAGUUCUGAAGGAUCAGAGCAGUUGAGUUCAUCUGAAGUUUCUUGUUUAUCAUCGGUUUCCACCUCAGCUUCCAAGGAAGAAGGAGAGGAAAAAGAAACUCAUGGAAAUGGAUUUGUUGAGGAAGAAAACAUUGAUCAAGAAACUGAAAAUGUUGCCUCCGUGGAAGAAGAAAAAGAAGAGUUAAGUUCAAAGAUCAAAGAUGUUUCUUCUGGUGAAGAAAGUGUUGUUGCUUCAACCUCAAGUCAUGAAGCAGAAUCACAGGCUAGUAAUGACUUUUCCUGAGUUCAAGAAUCAAGAAUAUCCAAUACUCAAAUAACCUUGAUUGAGAACCGUUUCUCUGAGGUUGGAUCCUGAAGCUACAGUUUAAUACUUUUGUGGAAGUUCUUGAUGGGUACUAGGAGAAUGGAGAGAGAGAGAGGAAGGAGAAGGGCAUGUGAUCAUAAAGGGAUUAAUUAGGCUUUAGGAGACCUUUGAGUUUGACAGUAUUAAAUUCAAAGUGUUAGUAGAGAUGGGGAGGACGACAAGACACACACAUGUCUCUUUCUUCUUGUGUCUUUUGUGAUCAAAGAAAGAAAAUGACGUUUCUUCUUGAAAAUUAUGAUGUGCCUGAAUAAAGGAAGCAGUAUACUUUACUAUUCAUUUCAAUUGCAUGAAGCAGUAUACUAAUUAAUAUUUGAAGUAUUCAGCCGUAGAUCAUUUCUCUAUGGUAAAAAAAUAAGAGAGUUACUAUUA